CGUUGCUUUAUUGAUUGAGUUGCGAUACUUCCGCUUUGUAUGCACACAUAAACUGGUAGUUAAAGCUCUGUGGGUCAAUAUGGUUUUAUCUUACCCAUGUCACAUGACUGGUGACAUUAAUACUUUGUUUGCUGGAGAUAUAAACUUGCCAACAAACCGAAGUUGAUAUUUAUUUGAAUCUGUUUAGCUGAACAUUAAGUGUUGAUAGACAUUGGACAUUAUAGCUAGAUGGAGUGUUUUCUUUUUGUUUAAUAGUCAAUGAGCCUAGAUGCCUUAUUAUUUGAGUUAAAUCAAAGAUGUACUGAAUAAAAUAUUCAGUGGUCAGCAAAAUGGCAGCUUUUUCGCAAUCCACCAUUGAAAAAGGAAAUGACUGGGUCCAAGACUUUUUGUGUUCGGCGUGCGAAGACGAGAAACUGGACGAAUCUGCUGAUUUCUACUGUGACUCUUGCAAGAAGUUUUACUGCCGAAAAUGUAUUCACUUGCACGGCCAAUUGUUUAAGAAACAUUCCACUCAUGGAAGGAGUGAUAUGAAGAAAUGGCCAGUGGUCAAAAAGGUGGAAGAUUUUCUUCUUAAAUGUGAUGUUCACAAAGAAGAAAACCUUGCAAGUUUUUGCAAAGACCAUAGCAAGCUGUGCUGCAAUACUUGUGCUAUCCAUUAUCACAGGCAAUGCAAAACGGUGAUGCUUUUAUCUGACUUGGUUAAAAAUACCUCCACUGACCUCAAACAAGUAUCAAUUACUAUCCAAACUACUCUGGCAGAACUGAAGAAGCUUCAAGACAAUCAGGAGGCUAGCAUUCUGUCUGUGCAAAGUUCAUAUGAUGAGCAGUUACACAAGAUACAGGAAACUCGGCAAAAAAUACUUGCAGCCUUAGACAUGCUUGAAAAGAAGACACUGCAGGAAAUGAAAGAUACACUGACAAAACUGCAAGCCUCUCUAAAAAGUCAUGUUGACAAAUGUUCCACUCUUGGAAACGAAUUAAAACAACUUAGAGACGCUAUUCAGGACAUAAGCGAUAAAAGCAAGCAAGAACUAUCUUUUAUAGCCAGCAUUAAAUGCAAGGACAAAAUACAGCAGUUUGAAAACUAUCAAAAGAAGAACUUUGCUCAACUAAAAUUUUCAAUAACUUUCCAUCCUAAUAAUGAAAUAAUGCAGUACCUUUCCCAGUUGUCCGGUCUUGGGAAGAUUGAACACUAUGCCCAGUCAUUGACUGCAGUGGGAAAUGCAGACCAAAUCAUAAGGAUUGAUGGAAAGUCUGAGUAUGAUGUAUGCGUACAGGGUGAAUCAACUUGCCUUAUCACAGACAUAUGUGUUCUCCCUAGUGGACAAGUCCUUGUUGUAGACGUAUAUAAUAAGAAAGUCAAGCUGUUAAACAAGCAGUACCAGGUUGUGAGUCACUGUAGUGUAUCUGAUAGUGAGCCUUGGGGCAUAUGUCCACGUCGCAUGUGUCAGAUCACACCCAGUGAGGUUGGUGUUACUGUUGGUAAAGAGGUCCAGUUUAUCAAAGUCAACAACAACCAGCUGGUGAAAGACAGAAAGCUCAAGUUUCAACAUAAAUGUAGGGGUAUUGCCUCCCACCAGGGAGACCUGUUUGUAACCUCUGGUACUGAACUAUACAACUACUCGCUGGAUGGUAAACUAGUCAGCAAACUUCACGAGAAUAAGUCAGAUACAGAGACAGUAUUGGGUUGUGCAGUGAGCCCGACAGGUGACAAGUUGUAUAUAACGAACUCCUAUCAGCACAAGGUCCUCACUCUGGCCAGGGAUGGAUCAGUCCUUUCCAUAUUCGAAGACCCUGAAUUGCAAUUGUCAUCUUUUGUACAUGUGACACCUGCAGGCCAGGUGCUGGUAUUUGGACCAAACUCCGAUACUAUCCUACAGAUUGACAGUAAGGGCAGUAGGAAGCUGGCCACUCUGGCUACACAGAGGGAUGGGCUCGAGAAACCAUGGUCAGUCUGCUACAACAGCCACACUGACUCCGUUAUUGUGGGACAGUUCAACAACACGAUCCUGGUAUACAAAGUGAAAUAGCUUAUCAUUCUUGUAUCUGAUGUGUAAUGAUAAGUGAUAUAAAUUACUAUAAAGUGAUAUAAAUUACUAUAGCUGUUAGUCAUUAAGUGCUAUGUUACACAUAUAUAUAUUGAUGUGUAGUAUUAAGUCGAAAUAAAUGACAAUAGCUGUUUGUGUAAUAGUGUUAUGUUACAAUUCAAGAAUGAAUUUGAAGUGUACUUACUUAUUUGUUUCUUUAAAUAAUGUUAUUACGCAUGCUAUGUUUAGAAUGUGAUAUAUUAGAUUUGUAAAAAUGUGUUGAUUGGUUCAUUUUUUGCUCUUUGCAAGUGGCUCUGAUAUAUUUAAGUCAAGGGAAUACUUAUGGAUCAAUAAUACUAGCGGAUAUUUUGUCAUUAACAGAUAGUUUUCACAUUAAAACAACUUUGAAAUGCGUUGUUAUUGUUUUACAGCUUGUAUGAUUGUUUUCCAUCAUUUUGCGCUUUGCUUUGCUAAUCAUAUAUAUAUAAACCCAGACCAAUUCAUAAGGAGUAUGAUGUAAGCCUGAGUUUUCUUGCAGAAUCAGUGACAUAUGUGCUCUCCCUAGUGGAGAGGUCCUGGAUUUUAGACAACUGUUUUGAAAAUAAGAAUGUCAUGCUGUUAAACCAGCAUUACUGGCUGGUGAGUCACUGUAGUGUAUCUUAUAGUAAAACGAGAAUUUAGUCUUGUGAGCUUAAGUGCGUUUGUCUGAUCACACCCAGUGAGGUUGGUGUUUCUGUUGGUUUUAUUUGCACUGAGCCUGAUAUGUUACAAAACGAUCAGACAGUAAUCUGUUUUUCUGUUUAUCAUACCUUUACAUCCCCAUGUUAACUCUUUCAGUGCUGGAACCGCAUUUUGAAGGCUUUUGCAAACAGUUUGGAUCCAGAUGAGAUGCCACAGAACAUGGCGUCUCAUCAGGAUCCAAACUGUUUGCUAUUCUGACAGUAUUCAUAGAAUUUUUUUUUCGAAGAAAAUGCUAAUUUUAGAAAUUCAGCAGACGACAUUUCAGCAGACGACAAAUUUCCCAGCAUGCAAAGGGUUAAAAGAAAUAAUGACAUAUUUCGCUACAACCCUGCAUAUUUAGUGGAAAGGAAUAUGAUUUUUGAUGUUUGACUUGUCAAUGAUGAUGUCAUGAGCAUUGUGCUUAUUACUUGUAAAAUAUGUGUUUUGCUGUGUUUGUAAAUUUGUGUGUCAAAAAUAUAUGACACAGUUUAUCCAAUUGUUUUAUUUGUUGAAGCUGAUUAUAUUGUACCAACAAUGAUAAUCUUACUGUUUAUUCUGAGUAAUAUUACCUAUAUCUAUAUAUUGACUGAUACAACAACUUUCUGUUGUUAUAUCAGGCAUAUAUGAAUGUAGUGUAUAAUAAAGAGUAAAACAGAAUCAGUAAUGUCCCAAAGGGGGGAUGAUGUAUUCAAUUUAAUGUGAAACCAUAAUUCCAAAUAUAACUCUGCCAGCAGUCACUCCAGACUUGAACCAGUUAUUUUGAAACUAUUUUUAAUCAGGGGCUGCGAAGCGAGACAGGGUAUUAUAGUAAUUUCCUCAAUCUGUUCGUAACACUUUUGAGUCCGCAACACUUUUGUGUCCGUGAUGUUUUUCUUAUACCUUUUCAUGGAUGUUCAAGAAACUCACGUCAAUUGUUGAGGUCAUGAAGCGAACAGGAGGGAUUAGUCAGUCAAGUGAGGUAAAGGUCAAGGUCACACUUCAUGGUCAAAAGGUCCAAAGCCUGUCUAUUUUGUCUCUGAUCGAGUUCUCCUAUACUCGGGGCUUUUUUUCCUUUGGUGAAAAUGGCUGUUCUUCCAAAAUUUGGGGAAAUGCGCGACUCAAAAUUUCACUAUUUUAAGAAGUAUUGCGGCUCUAAUGUUCGCAAUUUCAAGACGUUCGCGACUCUAAUUUUCACAAUUUUAGAAAGUUUGUGACUCAUUUUUUUCACAAUUUUAAACAGUCUCAUUUUUUCACAAAUGGGGGGGGGGGCAAGGCUGCUUCACAAAAACAGGAAAAAAUGCCCUGAUACUGUUUGAAGCAUUUACAUUAAACUUGGCUAACAGGGGAAGGUCAUUGACAGAAUGUGCAGCAGGUCAAAGUUUUGUGUCCACUUGUUAUCUUUUGUUAUAACCAUUGAAGGAUGUUUAUAAAAAGCUAAUGCCAUAGAGGCAAUGUGCAGAAGUUAUCAAUCAUGUUAACUAUUGGUUCAGAUCACCUCCUGAAGGUCAGAAGAUUGGCAAAGUGGAAUAAAGCUGUCUCUUGGACUGCCUUAUUUCAAUAGAAAAGUGAACUUUGUUUAACCUGAUAAAACAGUGAUAGACCCAACUUGAAGCAAGCAUGAAACAUAUGAUAUUCAGUUUUGUAUAGUAUUGAGAGUUUUACUAGUUUUACUUUGACUUGUCUGUUAUAAAGAGUUUUAUUCCCGCUUGUACAUUUAAAUGAAGAUUGUAUUUUUGAAUUAAUAUUUGAUUGUCUAAAUGUGUGAUCCUUACACUGAUUAAAAAAAGAAAUAAGGGUGAAU